CAUCUACAUACCAUCAACACCCACCCAAUAAGCAGUCACCAUUUCAUUCCUUGAGGUAUCAAAAUGUCAGCCGGAUCUGCCUCCGGCAAGAGCUUCUCCGCCGCUAACGCCGGCAUGACGGUGGAGGAGUGCGAAAACAUGAUCCAAGGAAGCCUCAGAACUCCAACUGUGAAGUUUUUACGGGAGCAUUUGGAGAAAAGUGGGUGCGGUAUUGUCCCCAAUUUCAUCAGGGCUGUUAAUUGCAGUCAGCGGAUGAGUGGUGGAUAUUCUCGUGGAGAAGGGAUAGUGGUGUGUAGUAAUCAUUUGACUAUUCAAGAUGAGGUCACUCAAGUGGUUAUCCAUGAGUUGAUUCAUGCGUAUGAUGACUGUCGAGCCGCAAACUUGGAUUGGACUAACUGUGCUCAUCAUGCCUGUAGUGAGAUCCGUGCUGGACAUCUUAGUGGUGACUGCCACUAUAAGAGGGAACUGUUGCGGGGUUUCGUCAAAAUAAGAGGCCAUGAACAAGACUGUGUGAGAAGAAGAGUAAUGAAGUCAUUGGCGUGCAAUCCUUACUGUUCACAAGCAGCCGCUAAAGAUGCAAUGGAAGCCGUUUGGGACACUUGUUAUAAUGAUACGAAACCAUUCGACAGAGCCCCUUAACGAGAGAAUUCUAUGCUUUUGAGCAACAUAAUUUCCGGCUCAUAAACUUUACCAUUUUUAUUCGAAACAAGUUAGUUCUGAGACAACUGAAGCAUCAACCCCUAGUGGGUAUGAACUUUUGGGAUGAUAUUCAAGUUUAUUUCUUUUACUUGACCUUUGCAUCUCUAUGAUGCCUGCAAUUCUGUAAUAAUUUUCCUUCCUAUAUGUUUUUGUUUAAUGUAGAGGUGAGGCAAUAGUGAUGUGAUUUUCAUUGACAGUAAACAUAUCAAGAUUACUAUAAUACUAUUUCUUAUUAUUUAAUUA